CACUUAUUCAUACUCGCUCUUACCUUUAGCCAUUACCUUUCUACUCACAAUUGAAGGUGUUGUGAGGUUUUACUAAACCUUUAGUUUCUUUUUCCUUUGCUUAAAAGUGGAUUAAGUACGAUAGAAUAGGAGUAUGGAACAAGGAACAAAAAGGAUCCGAUUUUCCAUCAUGGCCGCUGAAGGCCUAGCCAAGAGAGAUUUGUUUCGUCAACCGGAUCCUUUUGCUAUCCUUACAGUAGAUGGAGAACAAACACAUACGACGAGAGUAGUAAAGAAGUCUACGAAUCCGUAUUGGAAUGAAGGAUUUGAUAUUGUUGUAAAACCUUCCAGUGGAGUCUUAAUACGAUUGUUUGACCAAAAAAAAUUUAAGAAAAAAGAUCAAGGAUUUCUCGGUCUUGUUUCGUUUCAAGUUCAGGAUAUAUCAAACCUACGAUCUUCUCGGGAAUCGACGUUCACCCGACCUUUAAAACGGUCAAGCACUAGCAGUCUUUCAGUCGUUGGGAAUCUUGUCAUGAAACUUGGACCUUCGAAGACGAGAGGUGCUGUCGCCAAUGGUACAAAUGCAGGAACAAACAGUACCUUAAGAACUUCAAAUGCUGCUUCGACGCAAUCGAGUACACAAGGAUCUUCAGCAUCAAACGUUGCUGCUGCUUCAGCUUCUCAAAAUACUACAAGUAACAAUGCUUCUGCGUCAAGGAGUCAAACGGAUGCAAAUGGUAGCAGUAUUUUAUCAUCCUUUGAAGACCAAUACGGUCGCCUACCUCCCGGUUGGGAGCGCCGUGCCGAUUCUUUAGGUCGAACAUACUACGUUGAUCACAAUAACCGUACAACGACUUGGAAUCGUCCGUCCAUGAAUUCUGGUAGUCAAGCAUCUAUGAACACCGAAUCACAUCGUUUGCAACAUCAAAAUCGGUCUCUUCCAGAUGACUCAUCUACAAUUAACGUUUCCAGUAAUGAUUUGCCUGCUGGUUGGGAACAACGUUUUACUAACACCGGUCGACCUUAUUUUGUGGAUCACAACACGCGUACGACUACGUGGGUGGAUCCCAGAAAUCAACUCCUUCGCCCCACUGGACAUCCUUCACCUGGUUUGGGUUCCUUAAUGCAACCUCAGUCGCUCUCCCAUUUAGGUCCUCUUCCAAGUGGAUGGGAAAUGCGUCUCACUAAUUCCGCUCGAGUGUACUUCGUUGACCAUAAUACAAAAACCACCACAUGGGAUGAUCCGCGGUUACCAUCAGCUCUGGAUCAAAAUGUACCUAAAUACAAGUGUGAUUUCAGAAGAAAACUUAUUUAUUUCCGUUCUCAGAUGGGCAUGCGACCUCUUCCUGGGCAAUGUAAUAUCAAAGUUAGAAGAGAUCAUAUAUUUGAAGACUCUUAUGCGGAAAUUAUGCGCAAUUCUGCUCAAGAUCUUAAGAAAAGACUCAUGAUUCGGUUUGAGGGUGAAGACGGUCUUGAUUAUGGUGGAUUGUCUAGGGAGUUUUUCUUUUUAUUGUCACACAAAAUGUUUGAUCCUAUUUAUUGCUUGUUUGAAUAUUCUGCCGUUGACAACUACACGCUUCAAAUAAAUCCUCAUUCAGGAAUUAAUCCCGAGCAUCUUAACUAUUUUCGGUUUAUCGGUAGAGUUAUUGGUUUGGCUAUUUUUCAUCGACGAUUCCUUGACGCCUUCUUUGUCGUUAGUCUCUACAAAAAGCUUUUACAGAAAAAGGUUACACUUGCUGACAUGGAAAGUAUUGAUGCUGAUUUCUAUCGUAGCUUGAAAUGGGUAUUGGAAAACGAUAUUACGGGUAUUCUUGAUCUUACUUUUUCUGCUGAGGAAGAUCAUUUUGGAGAAGUAAGGACAAUUGAACUGAAGCCUAAUGGUGAAAAUAUUGAAGUCACCGAAGAGAAUAAAAAAGAAUAUGUCGAUUUAGUAACUGAGUGGAGAAUAUCCAGACGUGUGGAAAAUCAAUUUAACGCCUUCUAUGCAGGUUUUGUGGAACUGGUGCCUCCUGAUUUAGUUAGUGUAUUUGAUGAACGCGAGUUAGAGUUGUUAAUUGGUGGUAUAUCAGAUGUUGAUAUCGGUGACUGGAAGAGUCAUACUGAGUAUCGAACUUAUUCUUCAUCAGACCAAGUUGUUAAGUGGUUUUGGGAAAUUAUUUCAAACUGGAAGAACGAAGAACGUUCAAUGUUGUUACAGUUUGUGACUGGAACAUCUAGGAUUCCCGUUAAUGGUUUUAGAGAUUUACAGGGAAGUGAUGGCCCUCGUAAAUUUACUAUUGAGAAAGCUGGAUCACCAGAUCAGCUUCCUGUUGCGCAUACAUGUUUCAACAGGCUUGAUUUACCCGAAUAUCCAACAAAAGCCAAACUUGAAGGUAAGUUGAGCUUGGCUAUAGAAAAUACAGUUGGAUUUGGAAAUGAAUAAUGUAUCUAUAUUAUGACGGUAUGCUUUUAAAAAUAAUUAAGAUGAUGAUUUACAAUUUUGUUGACGAUAAUGAUCUGCCUUGGAGCAUGAUACAAACAUUACAUGAAAUAAAUUCUUUUUAGUCCA